AUGCACGCGAGGUGUUCGCAGCGUCAGGGACAGUUGCAGCCGAUCACGGGCGGUGUUCAGACAUCGGUGAGCAGUCGAUCGCGGCAGAGAGUCAGGUCUUCCUGUGGUACAUUUGCGCCGCAAAGAACUGGUCACUGCCUUGGAAACUUACAAGUGCUGGCAAAGUAUCGUGUUUGGUCCUAUGCAGGGAUGCGGGUCCUACAAGAUGGAGGGAACGCAGUCGAUGCUGCUGUUGCAACAACACUGUGCCAGGGGGUGAUGAAUCCCAUGGCCAGCGGCAUGGGAGGGGGAGGCUUCAUUCUCAUAAGGACAGCAAAUGGUGACACGGAGGUGAUAGAUGCGCGUGAGGUGGCACCAGCCGCUGCAUCCGAGGGAAUGUUCCAAGGAAAUAAGAAUGCAUCUUUGGAGGGCGGACUGGCGGUGGCAGUGCCUCUUGAAUUGAAGGGGCUGUGGAUGGCCCACCAGCGCUAUGGGCGGCAUGCAUGGGGCAACCUUGUCGCUCCAGCUGCCAGCCUGGCACGCAACGGCUUCCCAGCGCACCCCUACCUCAUCAACGCUCUCAACGACACAUCUGUUCGAGCACAGCUCAUAGCAAGGCCUGGCUUCAGAGAUAUUUUCUUCAAGCCGGACGGGAGUGGGGGAUGGCGGGUGCCAGCCAUCAAUGAGACAUGCUGUGCUCGACCUGCAUUUGCCAACCUCUUGGACGCUGUUGGAGCUCAGGGCCCUGAUGCGCUGUAUCAGCGGCACAGUGAGGAUUUGGCGGCGGAGAUAAGGGCGGCCGGCGGCAUCAUGACAGCAGAUGAUCUGAGGAGCGCAAUGCCUCUUGUCAAGGAUGCACUAAGCACCCAGGCCCGUGGACUGCACUUCUUCACUCCUCCACCACCGAGUGGCGCAGCAGCUGUUCUAGCAGCUAUUCAGAUGCUGGCUGCUUACCAGGCGCCGCUGGCCUUUUCUGGCCGCUCAAGGACACACCGGGUGGUAGAGGUGAUGAAGAAUGCAUUUGCCAUGAGGUCAAACCUUGGGGACCCGGGCGUGUGCAAGCCAGGACAUGUGCCAGGGGAUGCAGGUGGCACUUGCUUCCAGGACUUGGAGGAGCUGCUGACAGCCAUGCUGUCUCCAGCAUACGCUGACACGCUGAAGAGUCACAUAAUGGACAAUGGCACACAGCCCUACACGGAGUAUGGGGGAGAGUGGACGGUGGCUGGCGCUGUGGAGGACCAUGGGACCAGCCACCUGACUGUGGUAGAUGCUGAGCGCAACGCGGUGUCCUUCACCACAACUAUCAACACGUCUUUUGGGGCCAAGCUGCUAGGAGCUGCUCCAUGCGCAGGGCUGAUCUUGAACAAUCAGAUGGACGAUUUCUCGACGCCGGAUCAGCACAACGGCUAUGGCCUGCCGCCAUCCAGGCCCAACUUCAUCCGGCCUCUCAAGAAGCCGCAGUCAUCCAUGUCGCCCAUGAUCGUCGUCACCUCUGACGGCCGCCUCAGGGCAGUCAUCGGCGCAAGCGGGGGGCCGCGGAUUAUCUCCGCCCUCAUCCAGACCCUCUUCAGGCUCAUAGACUUGGGCGAGGAUCUGCUGACAGCCAUUGCGCAACCGCGGGUGCACAAUCAGGUUGUGCCAAACAGCACCUAUGUGGAGAAUUGGAGCGCUGGUGCUGUCAACUUUGUUGUCUCCCAACAGGAGGUUGAGGUAAGCUCAAACAGAUUCUGUGCCUGA